UGCUGAGGCGGUCCUCCACAAGAUUGAUGACAUGAAGAUGUGCCACCACUUGAAAAACUCAAAACAAUCAAGGAUGUAUUCUAAAGCCCAGCGAAAGAAGACUACCGACUCUCCAACAGUAAAAACUGUUUCCAAACAAGAAGCUGAAGAGUACUCUGAUGACGGUGACGACGAUGAUGACGACGAUGAUGAGGAUGAUGAAAACGACGAUAACAGCAAGCGCUAUGAACCUCGACAGAAAAACGCGGUGGUUCGCUACCAUGCGCCACUGGAUGAAUCCAGGAAACAGCCGCCCAUGUUUUUCGACCGUCAGGCAUCUUCCACUAGAGGGAGCUACCGCAUCAGUGCCUCAGUGCCCAGGAGUGCCCACACCACCAGCCGAAGGAGUGGCAGGAGAAGGCAUGCUUGGCACACCCAGGAAGCCAGCUCCUCUGAUGAGGACGACUCCUCUGACGAGGAAGACGCAGAGCAAGAAGCCAAGAACAGGUGUCUGCCUCUGAAUUUGCGCAAAGAGGACAUUUUGGGAAUCCAUAAGGACAGAAUGAAGAUGGGUGCGAGCCUGGCGGAUGUCGACCCCAUGGCGAUUGACCAGUCGGUGCGCUUUGACAGCGUUGGCGGUCUGACAAGCCACAUCUCCGCCCUGAAAGAGAUGGUAGUCUUCCCUCUGCUCUACCCAGAGGUGUUUGAGAAAUUCAAGAUCCAGCCCCCAAGGGGCUGCCUGUUCUAUGGUCCCCCGGGUACGGGGAAGACCCUGGUGGCCAGAGCGCUGGCCAACGAGUGCAGCCAGGGGGACAGGAAGGUGGCCUUCUUCAUGAGGAAGGGGGCCGACUGCUUGAGCAAGUGGGUGGGCGAGUCGGAACGCCAGCUCAGGCUGCUCUUUGACCAAGCCUACCAGAUGCGGCCAGCCAUUAUCUUCUUUGAUGAAAUUGAUGGGCUGGCUCCGGUGCGCUCCAGUCGCCAAGACCAGAUACACAGUUCCAUCGUGUCCACCCUGCUGGCCCUGAUGGAUGGCCUGGAUAGCCGAGGAGAGGUGGUGGUGAUCGGAGCCACCAACCGACUGGACUCCAUCGACCCCGCCCUCAGACGCCCCGGACGCUUCGACAGGGAGUUCCUCUUUGGCCUCCCUGAUCGCGAGUCCCGGAAAGAUAUACUAAAGAUUCACACCAGACAGUGGAAUCCUACACCCUCCGAUCCUUUCCUGGAAGAGUUGGCUGAUAAAUGUGUCGGCUACUGCGGCGCCGACAUCAAGGCGGUGUGCGCCGAGGCGGCCCUCUGCGCGCUGCGCCGCCGUUACCCCCAGAUCUACAGCACGUCCCAGAAGCUCCUGCUGGAUGUGGGCUCCAUCAACAUCAACAGUCAGGACUUUGUGGCCGCCGUGAGGAAGAUGGUGCCAGCCUCCCAGAGGGCCGUGUCGUCCCCUGCCAAGGCCCUGACCCCCGUGGUCACGCCCCUGCUGGGCAACGAACUCACCAACGUGCUGGARGCACUGCAGAAGGUCUUCCCCCACGCCGAGCAGGGCCUCAAGAGGAAGAGGGACACYGAUCUGACAGCCAGCAUUCUGGAGGAUGACCUCAUGUACAGUGGGGAUGAGGGCCCCUCAURCAAUAAUUCCAUCACCAAACAGACCACCACCAAAGGGAGCUUCCUCCAUUUUGCCAGGAGUGCGACCUGCCACCCCACCACRUACCGGCCCAGGCUGCUGCUGGCUGGGCGUCCCGGGGCGGGUCAGAGCUCCCACCUGGCCCCCGCCGUGCUCCACGCCCUGGAGAAGUUCACCGUCUACACCCUGGACAUGGCCGUGCUGUUUGGAGUCAGCUGCACCUCCCCCGAGGAGGCCUGUGCUCAGGUGUUCUGCGAGGCCAAGCGGACCUCCCCCAGCAUCCUGUACAUCCCCCACAUCCAGCAGUGGUGGGACACGGUMGGCCUGGCCCUCAAGGCCACCUUCCUCAGCCUGUUGCAGGACAUCCCCUCCUUCMCCCCCAURAUGCUGCUGGCCACCAGCAACGUAGCUCACCACGACUUGGCCGACGAGAUCCAGACUCUGUUCCGGUUGGAGUAUGGAGAAGUGCACUCUAUCCAAAUUCCCACCCAGCAGGAGAGAAGGAAGUUCUUUGAGAAUCUCAUCCUUAGCCAGGCUGCCAGGGCACCUGCUUCCAAGAAGAAAGCCUUGAUGCAUGCCAUGGAGGUGCUCCCCCUUGCCCCUCCUCCUCCCCCCAGGCAGAUGAGUGAGAGGGAGCGUCUGCGUCUGGAGGAGCAGGAAGAGGACACACUCAGGGAGCUGAGGCUGUUCCUGCGCAACGUCACCGAGCGCCUCUCCCAGGACAAGCGCUUCAAGGCCUUCACUAAGCCUGUGGACAUCGAAGAGGUUCCUGACUAUAUUAAGGUGAUCAGGKAUCCCAUGGACCUCUCCACUGUACUGUCCAAGGUCGACCUCCACAAGUACGUGACCGUCAGGGAGUUUGUCAACGACGUGGACCUGAUCUGGAAGAACGCCCUGGAGUACAACCCUGACAGCGACCCAUCUGAUCGUCAGAUUCGUCARCGGGCUUGUGCCCUGAAGGACACGACCCACGCCAUCAUCCGUGACGAACUGGACGAGGACUUUAACAGGAUCUGUGAGCAGAUCAGAGAGUCACGCAACAAGAGAGGGUGCACGUCAUCAAAGUUCYCCCCCUCUUACUACCAGACCUUGCCCAGAGAGGAAGGGUUCGCAGAGUCCAAGAGGCCAGGUGGUAACACUGGCAAAGACGCCAGCACCCCGUUCACUGCCAACACCCCACGGCCCGCACACUGGCAACAGCAAGCUCCAGACCCCACAGAAGACUCACACAGGUCCAAUCUGGGGUCUAAGCCGGUCCAGUGGUGGCAGUCAUUGGAGACCACCAUCAGCCCUCCAGUGGAACAUGACUCAAGUCCAGUUAACAACACCCCUACAAAGGAGGUAGAUCAGGGGGAGAAACACCACGCAAAGACCAAAGAGCCUGAAAUGUUGGAGGAGGACUGGGACAUAGAGAGGCGUGUGACCCGUGCCAGUAGGACUCUGGUGCAGCAGCAACAGCAGUUGAUUGACGUGGACAAGGCCCUGGAGAUCCUGACCCAGAAGACCCCUCAGCUGGUUGUGGACCACGACAAACUCAAGGAAUUGCUCAAAAGAGCUGUGUCCAAGACUGAGGGUUAUGAGGUGCAUCAGCUGGAGAAGCUCUAUGCGUUGUUGUGUCAGAGCAUCUACAGAUACCGCAAGAACUUUGAUAAGACGGAGCUCGUACAGGAAAUGAAGAGAGACAUUGACAACUUUUCCUAACUUCCCUUGAUGUUUUACUUAUUUCCAUAUUGUAAUAAAAUAUGAUGCAUUUAAA